ACUGAAGGGAGAUGGCAGCUACACAGAAACUGGCCUGUUUUCGGUUACCUCCUCUGCCUACCAUAAAGGAGAUUAUCAAGCUGUAUAAUCUGAGAGCAGAGAAACAGCUUUCUCAGAACUUCCUCCUAGACAUGAGACUCACAGAUAAGAUUGUCCGGCAGGCGGGGAACCUGAAGGGCGUACAUGUGUGUGAGGUGGGACCUGGACCUGGGGGCCUCACCAGGUCUAUUCUGAAAGCUGGAGCAGCAGACUUAUUAGUGGUGGAGAAGGACACACGCUUUAUUCCAGGAUUGCAGCUUUUGUCUGAGGCUGCCCCUGGAAGAAUGAGGAUAGCACAUGGAGAUAUUCUCACAUACAGACUGGAAAGAGGGUUCCCAGCCCACAUAGCCAAGACAUAGGAAGAUGUACCCCCCAACCUGCACAUUAUUAGGAAUCUGCCCUUUAGUGUGUCGACUCCUCUCAUUAUAAAGUGGCUGGAAUAGAUGUCUAACAGAACUGGGUGCUUUAUGUUUGGACGUACAAGGCUUACACUGACCUUCCAGAAAGAUGUGGCUGAAAGGUUAACAGCCAGCACAGGAAGCCGUCAACGCAGCCGUCUGUCUGUCAUGGCUCAGUAUCUCUGCACUGUCAAAAACUGUUUCACCAUCCCAGGAUGUGCCUUUGUUCCAAAACCUAACGUGGAUGUGGGGGUGGUGCACUUCACUCCGCUGGCUCAGCCCCAGAUCCAGCAGCCCUUCAAGCUGGUCGAGAGGAUUGUCAAAAAUGCCUUCCAGUUCCGGAGGAAGCACUGCCGCAGAGGACUUGAGUAAGCAUUUCCCUGGCAUUCUGAUGCUGUUCCCA